AUUAGAAACAUACUUGAUUUGCAAGUUAUCAUAUAUGGGUUUCACAUUCUUUUUGUCUUUAUGUUUUGUAGGUGCUAGUUACAUGGUGAUUACGGUGCAUUAUAUUGAUCCUUUCUGGCGACUGAAGAAGCUGAUCAUCGGGUUCAAACAUGUCACGGAUCACAAAGGUUGAGACGGGUAAGAUAUCAAGAGGAAGCUUGCCUUUGGAUGUCAAGACAAGGUGGAAUUCAACAUACCUGAUGUUGACAACAGCUCAGAAGUUCAAGGUGGCAUUCAACAAGAUGGUGACAGAAGACAACCUGUACAACGACUAUUUCUGUGAGAUUGAAGCUGGUGCUAAAAGGAUUGGUCCUCCUGAUCAUAGCGAUUGGAAUGCAGUUGAUAAAUUAUGCAGGUUUCUUGUGAUCUUUUACAACUCAACCUUGGUGGUAUCAGCUUCAACUUCUCUUAAUUCCCACAAGUGUUAUGAAGAGGUGGUAACCAUUGCAACAAAUCUGAUGGCACUCGUCAACAGCUAUGAUCCUGAGUUGAAGUCCAAGGCAACAGAAAUUUUGAAAAAAUUCGAUAAGUAUUGGGAUGGCCUCAAGAAUUUGAACAAGAUGCUGAUGGUUGCUACUGUCUUUGAUCCAAACAAGAAGUUAGAGCUUUGCUUUUAG